CUCGCCAUGCUGCUGCCCUUCCGGCAGAUGCUGCUUGUCCUGCUACUGCUCACACUCUUGGCACUGGGACACGACAGACAGAGGGAUUGCUCCAAGGCUCACAACACCACCAAGCCUGCCCUGCUGAGGCUCUCUGAUUGCCUGCUGACCAACUACACGAAGGGCGUGCGGCCAGUGCUGGACUGGAGGAAGCCAACCACCGUGUUCAUUGACGUCAUCGUCUACGCCAUCCUCAGCGUGGAUGAGAAGAAUCAAGUGUUGACCACCUACAUCUGGUACCGACAGUGCUGGACUGAUGAGUUUCUUCAGUGGAGCCCUGAGGACUUUGACAACAUUACCAAGUUGUCCAUCCCCACUGACAGCAUCUGGGUCCCGGACAUUCUCAUCAAUGAGUUUGUGGACGUGGGGAAGUCUCCAAAUAUCCCAUACGUGUAUGUUCAUCAAAAUGGUAACGUCCAGAACUACAAGCCCCUCCAGGUGGUAACGGCCUGCAGCCUUGAAAUCUACAACUUCCCCUUCGAUGUUCAGAACUGCUCACUGACCUUCACCAGCUGGCUGCACACCAUCCAGGACAUUAACAUCUCUUUGUGGCGUAAGCCAGAAAAGGUGAAGUACGACAGAAGUGUCUUCAUGAACCAGGGCGAGUGGGAGCUUCUCGGGGUGCUGACCCAGUUUCAGGAGUUCAGUAUCGAAGGCAGCGAGUGUUAUGCAGAAAUGAAGUUCUAUGUGGUCAUCCGCCGCAGGCCUCUAUUCUAUGCGGUCAGCCUUCUUCUGCCCAGCAUCUUCCUCAUGGUCAUGGACAUCGUGGGUUUCUACCUGCCUCCAGACAGCGGAGAAAGAGUCUCCUUCAAGAUCACCCUUCUCUUGGGCUACUCAGUCUUCUUGAUCAUCGUUUCAGACACUCUGCCCGCCACUGCCAUUGGUACACCGCUCAUUGGUGUGUAUUUUGUUGUGUGCAUGGCUCUGCUGGUGAUAAGCUUGGCCGAAACCAUCCUCAUCGUGCGGCUGGUACACAAGCAAGAUCUGCAGCAGCCGGUGCCGGCCUGGUUGCGGCACUUGGUUCUCGAGAGAAUCGCUGCAUUGGUAUGCCUGGGGGAACAGUCGAAUUCCCCAAGGCUCCCAGCAGCCUCCCAAGUCACCAAGAUUGAUGACUGCUCAGCCAUGGGAAACCACUGUAAUCAUUUGGGAGGACCCCAGGACUUUGAGAAGAACUCGCGUGGCAGAGGCAGCCCUCCCCCUCCGCCACGGGAGGCCUCGUUCGCAGUGCGCGGAGUGCUGCGAGAGCUGUCUUCCAUCCGCCACUUUCUGGAGAAGCGGGACGAGAGCCGGGAGGUAGCGCGGGACUGGCUGCGUGUGGGCUCCGUGUUGGACAGGCUGCUCUUCCGUGUCUACCUGCUGGCGGUGCUGGCCUACAGCAUCACCCUGGUCACUCUCUGGUCCAUCUGGAAGUAUUCCUGAAUGGGCACAGCCCAGCUGGCAGGUGGGUAUGGGACUGGUUACUCUAGGGAUGGGGGAUUUCUGCU